UGGCUGUGCGACUGUUGUUUGCGCCUUCGUACCGGUGGUGCUUGCUUCGCGCACUUCUUCCGCUCGUUAGAAUAAAUAUUUUUUAAUAAUUUUAAAUAGCCGUAGACUUUUGCCAACGAUUCAUUUGAUUUUUAACUGUCAUCAGCAUCAGUUGUCGUUCGGACGGUUUGCGGCUCGUACAUUGUGGUGCGUUGUGGCGCGUUGUGGCGCGUAAUCUCGAUUAAAACUCGGUGAAUCAGAUAAGGCAUCAUCAAUUGAUUUUAUACGUUGAAUAUUUUAUUUGAAUCACGUUAAACUCUAUACUCUGGCAAAGGAAUUAAUACAUCAGUGAAUGAAUUAAAACAUCAAAACGAAUGCAUCAAGUGAAUAAUAUACACUAAACAAAUAACAAAGAGAACCACAACGAGAGAAACAUGUCUGACGAACAUCAACAACAACAACAGCAGCAGCAACAACAUCACCAGCAGCAGCAGCAACGACAACAGCAAUUGCAGCAUCAACAAUUACAGCAGCAGCAACAACAACAACAUACACAAAUUAAAUCCCCCAAGGAUGCAAACACAAACAACAACACCAACACUACGACGCCACCACGCAAAUCCAACAUCCAUGAAAUGAGAAAUCAGGAUUUUGUAAGCCGUUUGAUGGCCGCCACCCCACCCUAUCUGUAUUCGGCCCCAAUGGGACCCAACAAUUUCUUUUUCAGCGACAUGCUGCGUUCACUUGUGGCUGCACGCAACCAAGAAAACGUUCGGAAUCUGCAAUUACAGCAAUCUGCCGCAUUGGCACGGCGUCCCAGAAAGCGGACAUGGUCCCAUCAUCGCUCCUACUUUAAGGAAAAUGAAACGAUUCUAGAAAAGGCACAGCAGCAGCAGCACCAACAACAGCAAACGCCCCACAUCACAGCUACCGAAAAACCUUUGGAAUUGACCACACACAAGCCAUAUCUGCAGCAUUUGGCCAAUAAAUAUCGUAAAUUAGAAGCCGACUCGGCCAAGGAUGUCUUGCCAACGCAAAAAAUAGGCGAUAGGCAAUUGGAUCAAACGAACACCACCGUCAGUGGUGGAGGUGCGAGUAUCGCCGACCCAGCACUGCAGAGUACACCCCCAGCUGCAUCGUUACCACCCCAAGACUUGGUAUUACCACCACCGCCGCACGUCUGGUAUCCACCGCUGUACCCGCCAUAUGGCAUUGAUCCCCUACAUUUCUUUAUCGAUUUACGCGUAUCCGGUCACAUCUAUGAUCGCAAAAAAGAGAAUGUCUCUCCAUUAGCCAGUGCUGAGAAUAAUGGCAACAACACAGCAUCGGCUGGCGAUAGCGAAAAUUCUCCUCCUGCUGUUGCAAAUGCCCUCAACCUGCCCAAUAAACAUAGACAUGGUUCAGCGUUUACGGUACCCACACCCAGAUCCAAUGACCUCAAAACAUUGGCUUCGCUUCAGGCUACGAACGAUGCCAUUAACCUCAGCUCCACCGGGGCUGGAGCUGUAAUGAAUAAAUUUGAAAACUAUGCCAAGUACUACGACUUUGGCGAGAGCAAAGAGAAUCAACCGAACAUAGCCAAAUGCAGCGCUAAUUAUAUGCUUCAACAUCUGCCCCGUCUCUAUAGUCAAUUUGCGGCACGUGAUCUUAUCGCCCAGGCACAGACGGAAAAUGACCAGAAUAAUUCGGCAAACAGUGACAUGGUCGAGUCGGACAAUAAGUCCGACAUCGAAUGCGAUGCAGAUUCCGAAGGACAUCACUCGAUCACCAACUCCGAUGAUAAUGACAUUGAAGAGAGUUCAACUCGUGAGCGGGACAUUGAUGUUGAAAUAAUUGAUUCAAUCAAAUACCGAAAUGAUGGUAAUAGCAGUCGUUGUUCUAGUCCCGAUGAGGGUUCCAUAACACAAAUAGAUUGAAAUAUGUCAUUGAGAAUUUAAUUUCAAUACUGAACGAAUUUAAAUAAUUGCAAAUAAAUAUAAAUGUUGUGUGAA